AUGAGUCUGGAACAACGAGACCAACACUACGAGGAUCAUCGCACAUCCACAAAGAAGCCAAUCUCAAUCAACAAGCGCAAAUCAUCACGGAAGCACACGGCUUCCCCAUUGCCUAGCAAACCUCGGUCAUGUAUUUUUCCAUGCCUGACGAAGAGAACAGAGGAGGAAUUUUGGUACCCGACGCUUUCUGAGCCACCCCCAGCAAAUUAUACUCCAGGAUUGUUGUCCAUUCUGAAGGAAGCAUUGAAGAAAUCCAAUCACAAGGGUUUUACCGAUCGGGCUGUGUUAUGCUACGAACGGACUCCCCACAUAGCUGUUGCUAAAACGCCCGCUAACCAGACGCGUUUUAGCUACCGAAACUUCCUCAUGGCUUGUGCGGCCCUAAUGGAUCAAAAAAUCCAACCAUCGUAUCUUGGCUACCUUAACAAUCCUAUACCUCCCGGAGUCCGUAACCUGCAACAGUGGAUAGAAGAUGCUUGGGAGCAAGGAUAUGACGAGAUUGGCGCUAAGCAACUGGGUGACGAGCUUGUAGGAACCCAGAAAUUCAUAGGCACUGCAGAUAUGUAUUCUGUACUCAGUUUUCGCGGGAUACCCUGUACACUGGUGGAUUUUGAUCUCACGUCCAGCAAAGGCCAGCUUUCUUUGUACCGGUUGUGCCCCUUGACGCAUUGGGUUGUGGAGUACUUUUCUGGUCCGGUUAAGAAGCAAGGCACAAUCAACGAUGUGCUCCGAGGCGCUUCACCAGUUAUCACUACAGAGAAGAUGCCAAUUAUCCUACAAUACAAAGGUCAUUCAGUCACUAUUGUUGGAUACGAGGUUCAAUCAAAGUCGAAGGAGAUGCCAAUUAAUCAGAGUUCCUCCAGUUCGAUCCCCGAAGACGCUCGUAGGGCCGCAUUGGCCGGCCCACGUAGCGUGACCUGGGGGACGCCAUCAUCCAAAUUUUCACGAAUACUGCAAGCUGGACAGCGGAAGUUUCAAAUCGGUCCAUCAAGGAAACGUGCUCGUUUUGAUCCGGAUGUACAGAGUACUAUCGUCAUUUCUGACUCAGAUGACGAAGAGAAGGCGAGGAAAGAAGACGGUAACUUGACCCUCCACGCCGGGAAUACCAUCGGGGCAUUCCGGUGGACAAAGCCAAAUUUGCAGAAGCGCAAGCAGUUCCAGCUUCUUUACUUCCCGAUGGAGGAGCCUUUGUCUCAACAGGAGCGCAGGAAACGCAAGGUCGUUUAUACAAUGUAA